AGGAGUAUGGCGGAUUUAGACAGUUCUUCGGAGACAAUAGCUGCAUCCAAGAAGUUGUUGUGUGCUCUUCUCUUUACUGCGAUGCUACUUCAGUACGCAGGGAGGACCAGUGUGUCUGUUGUCCUUGUGCAGCUACAGGAGUCAACAGGCAACAACACAAACACCAACGUCUCCAAGCCUCAUGUCGAGUACAGUCAGUUCCAAGUCGGAGUAAUACUGAGUUCGGUCUACGCUGGUUUGCUGCCCUCGAGCUUUAUUGGAGGUUUCCUGGCCUAUCGGUAUAGUGCUACAAGGGUGUUCUUGACGUCGAUCGGCAUCAGCUCAGUUGUCCACUGUGUCGCCCCUAUUAUGUUUCAACGCUUUGGGACUGCGGUUACUCAACGUGUUUUGGCAGGUCUGGCAGAGGGACAAGCUGAGCCAGCAGCUUACGGUGUUCUUGGUGAAUACAUGAUACCGAGGCAGAGUGCAAGAGUUGCUCCCUUCGUCUUUUCAGGUCAGACAAUUGUUUUGGGUGAACAUUGCAGUUUUAGCAGGGUUUGUUGGAGGGCUUCUUUUUUUUCCCUUGAAAUCUUUGGUGAGCAUUUUAGACAUUCUAGCAAGGAUGAAGAGGUAUGAACUAAACGUGCGUUGUUUACAGCAAGAUCAAUCUAU